AUAUGUCUAAAGCCUGAUUUGCUGCCGUCAAGUUUCAAAAUGGGAGGGCGUUCAUGUGCAUUUUUACCUCGUAUUUACGAUAAUUCUGAGAGCACGUGAAGGAACCAUUUAACUUCUCUGCUAAGCCCCCCUUAGCAUAUAGCCUAUAUAUCUAGCAUUUGUCGUCGAGUUAGCCAGUCUUAAAUGGCCCGUGCGAAGUACUUCAUCUAACAUGAAAUUUUGGGCAAAUUAAAAAACAAGCAAAAAAAAAAAAAAAAAAAAAAAAAAAAACCUGACUGACUGCCCACAUAGCUACAAUAAACGUAAACAGCGUAGACUGUGCACCAUAAAGACAGGCAACAGGCCUUGAGAGCACUGUCAUAUGAUCUGAUUUUAUGCAUAGUUCAACUUUAGAGAUGAACUGUCCCUGAAUUAAAGAGGAAAUGUAAAAAUGCUUCAAUAAUUUCUUUAUGCCUACACCAGGAUUUUGUAUUGUUUUUGGGUGAAAACGUCAUUCAAGCGUCAGCAUUUAGCAGCAUUUAGAGUGAGAAAUUUUAAGUAACCCGAAUAUCCCACGAUUUGAAUUGAACGCAGCCAUCGCAGAGUAACUUCGCAUUGUGAAAGAUAUGUUCCAUCGUUCUUUUACAGCUAGCUUUACUGCUGUGGUAUGUCAACAAACUACAGGCUUCUUGUGAGGGCACUACAGAAAAAAACCGCAGGUUGUCUGGUUUCCCUUCCGGCUCUAAUUGUGCUUUUGAGCGGCUCACAGGUGUUUCACAAUGGGGCUCUCACACAAAAUCCCAAAAGCAAUGUUUGGGAAACGAAAUAAACUUGUUGGCGUGCAUGGAAAUCAGUGUUGUACAGCACACUCGACGUCUUCCUCACUGACACUCAAGGGUGUUCCACAAAGUUACAAAGUUAUCCUUACCCUGCAGAGCCACCUAGUGAUUAAAAGAUAUUACAGCAGAUUGCCUAUCACGCGUAUCGCUAAGAUCAUUCAUAGAGCAUUGACCGGAUAUCCCAGACAUGAGACUUAUUUGACAAUGGAAGACCACCAGCCAUGGGACUGGUCAAACAAUUGCAGCAGUCAACUUUAUUGCUCCAGAGACCAGACGCAGAGCCAGCAUAUCUGGAAACCAUCAUUAGCAGAGGGAACAGCGGUUUCAAUCUGUCAGCGCGGGAGAAAGAAACGGGUUCCUUACACAAAACUGCAGCUGGAAGAACUCGAGCGUGAAUACACCAACACUAAGUUCAUUACCAAGGAGAAGAGACGGCGGAUCGCUUCUUCUACCAGCCUGUCUGAAAGACAAGUAACUAUAUGGUUUCAAAACCGUCGAGUCAAGGAUAAGAAGAGACCUGAGGACCUAAAAGAAUUUUAAACCUGUUAAAGAUUAAUUCAUAAAAUUGCUGAUUUACAUAGAGAUAAGCUCUUUAUUCUCUUUAGUAAGGGCUAUUAUUUAUAUCUUUAAAUAUUUAGAUGUACUUGCAGUUCGGAUGUCCAGGUUUGCUGCAAGAGUGUUGAGAUGGUCAGUUCAUUUCAGUAGUUUCAGAUUCUUUUUUAUUAUUAUUUAAAUAUUGUUAAACCAUUUUUGUCAUUAUGUAGCAGUAGUAGCCUAAACGCUGUAUUCCAGACAUCUUUCCAUGCUUUCAAAACUUUAUAUUCUCAGAUUCGUUUUCUUUGAGUGCAGAUUGUGUACCAUAGUUGUUUAUAUUACCAGAGUUUUAUGGGAAAAUCUAGAAUGUAUCACUGACGUAAAUAAACUAUGAGGGAAAAAAAACAAAACAAAAGUUUCAUGUGUAAUAUUUCACGGGGAAAUCAUUUGUUUGUCGGUGUCCUCUUUAUUCCUCUAAAAGUAGAGAUUGUUCUAUACUGCAGAUAGAAUCAUAAUAUCGUGAACAGAUUGUUAAUUUUAAGUAGUCUACGACCAGGUUUUUCCAGUAGCACUAAGUAAAGCAAAAGCAGCAGUCUUUCGAUAAUUAAUUCAUAUUUCCUCUUGCUUUUGCAUUAAUAGGGGAGAUAUUCCUUACGAAAAUUAACCAUGGUUUGAAUAAAAC